CAUUUACAAUGACAAACGUUACAAGAGCCUUUGUCCUGCUUACCAUGGUAUUGACAUGCACGGCCUAUGAGAUGUACGCCGUCAACGGAGGCCCUUGGGGAAGUUGGACCAAAUCACAAAGAUGCCCUGGGCUGAAAGUGAAAGGAUUUCAAUUGAGGGUGGAGGCCUCCGUAGGGCGAGGCGAUGAUACAGCUCUUAAUGCGAUUGCUCUUCUCUGCGAGCAUCAUGCAACCAUAAUUCCACACUCUGGAAUCUGGGGAUCGUGGGGGAUGGCAAAGUAUUGUCCCAUCGGAAGUCACGUUGUUGGGUUCCGCCUGAAGGUGGAAGGAAACCAGGGCCGCGGUGAUGACACGGCCGCGAAUGAUCUCGAGUUGAAAUGUAGUAACGGUAAAGUCAUCAGCUCCAGUAAUGGGGGGUCUUGGGGGUCGUGGGGGAUGUGGAGACAGUGUGAUAGGGGCCACUUCAUCUGUGGUCUUAGGGUCAAGUUUGAGGCAAGUGUGGGAAGAGGCGACGACACUGCACUGAACAGCGUGGCCUUCGAAUGCUGUUACAACAACGUGCCCUUGGUGUCUAGAACUACGUAUCAACAUCCCCGUUCUUCUCUAGGCACAGUGGGUGGAAUUUCAUUUUUACGUAGACCAUGAAAAUAGUCCUUAAAAGACUUAUAUUGGGACUGUUACUCGAACGUUUAACUUCCCGAAAGAAACGUUCGUUUCUUUUCAAAGCAUU